CUCCUGGCCCCCCCCUGGAGGGCAGCACCGGGCAAGGCAAUGCGGCAGCCUCCUCCGGCUCCUCCUCAGCGCCAGGCAGCCAGGCAGGGAAGCAGCAGUAGCAGCAGCAGCCGCCUCUGCCAGCUGAGCCACCCGCGGCACUCUCGGGGGUCCAGGAGGGGGAGGAGGAGGAGGAGGAGCCGGGGCAGUCUCUGUCUCUCCCUCCCUCCCUCCCUCCCGGGGCCGAUGCCCUCCGGAGCCCGGGGCCAGGAUGGGCGCCCUCAGCAGCAGGCAGAACGCCGGCCUGGAAGAGCUGGACGUCCCCUCCAAUGCCAUCUACAGAUAUCCUCCCAAAUCCGGAAGCUACUUUGCCAGUCAUUUCAUCAUGGGAGGUGAGAAGUUUGAUUCUACACAUCCUGAGGGUUACCUCUUUGGGGAGAACAGCGAUCUCAACUUCCUUGGGAAUAGACCUGUAGCGUUUCCCUAUGCUGCCCCACCACCCCAGGAGCCAGUGAAGACCCUGAGGAGUCUGAUCAACAUUCGUAAGGACACAUUGCGGCUAGUCAAAUGCACAGAGGAAGUGAAGACUCCAGGUGAAGAAGUCAGCAAAGCUAAAGUCCAUUACAAUGUGGAGUUUACUUUUGACACAGACGCACGGGUGGCUAUAACAAUUUAUUAUCAAGCUACUGAAGAAUUCCAAAAUGGAGUAGUGAGUUACAUCCCCAAAGACAACAGUUUACAAUCUGAGACUGUCCACUACAAGAGAGGAGUGUGCCAGCAGUUCUGCCUCCCUUCCCAUACUGUUGACCCCUCAGAAUGGACAGAAGAAGAGUUGAGCUUUGACCUGGACCGUGAAGUCUAUCCCAUGGUGGUUCUCGCAGUGGUAGAUGAGGGAGAUGAACAUAUGGGCCACUGCCAUGUACUCCUGGCAACAUUUGAGAAGCAUGCGGAUGGCAGCUUUUGUGUGAAGCCCCUCAAACAGAAGCAAGUUGUGGAUGGAGUGAGUUACCUGCUCCAGGAGAUCUAUGGUAUAGAAAACAAAUAUAACACACAGGAUUCCAAGGUGGCAGAGGAUGAGGUGAGUGACAACAGUGCAGAGUGUGUGGUCUGCCUCUCGGAUGUACGGGAUACCUUGAUCUUACCUUGCCGCCAUCUUUGCCUCUGCAAUACUUGUGCUGAUACUCUGCGUUACCAAGCCAACAACUGCCCCAUCUGCAGACUGCCAUUCCGGGCCUUGCUACAGAUCAGAGCCAUGAGGAAAAAGCUUGGACCCCUUUCGCCAACCAGCUUCAACCCCAUCAUCGCCUCCCAAACAUCAGACUCAGAGGAGCACUCGUCUUCAGAGAACAUCCCUCCUGGCUAUGAGGUGGUCUCCCUCCUGGAAGCCCUUAAUGGGCCUCUUGCUCCAUCUCCAGCAGCCCUUCCACUCCAUGUGCCUGGAGACAGCCAUAUGUCGGGCAUCCUGCCUUCCUACGGGAGUGAUGGCCAUUUGCCUCCUGUACGGACUCUGUCUCCCCUUGAACGUUUGUCAGAUUGUGGCAGCCAAGGACUUAAGCUGAAGAAGAGCUUAUCUAAGUCCAUAUCCCAGAAUUCCUCGGUGCUACAUGAAGAAGAAGAUGAGAAGACCUGCAGUGAAUCUGAGAUCAGAAUUUCUAGGAGGAAGUCUCCUCAUCCUCAGGAAGAGGAAUGUGGUGUGACACCAGAGAGUGAAAACCUCACCUUAUCUUCUUCAGGAGCAAUAGACCAGUCUUCAUGUACAGGGACACCUCUGUCCUCUACUAUCUCUUCCCCAGAAGAUCCUGCUAGCAGCAGUCUGGCGCAGUCAGUCAUGUCCAUGGCCUCCUCCCAAAGCCAGCACUCUGAGAUCAGCACUGACACCAUGUCUUCCAUGUCAGGCUCCUAUGUAGCUCCCGGAACCGAAGAGGAGGAGGAAGAAGAAGAGGAAGGAGACAUAGUCCCAUCCCCUGCUGCUGCCAGUGGGGUACCUUCAGAAGGAGAUUCAACCCCUGUUGAAUCUCCAGAUGCAAACUUCGUCAGUAUCUCAGCAGAGGAGCGAGAUGCAGAGGGGAAUGAUGUCAUGGAAGAAGAGGAUGACUCUCCCACCCAGGAAGAUGGCCAAAGGACAGGAGCAUACCUAGGUAUGGAGUGUGACAAUAACAAUGACAUUGGCAACGCAAGCGUGAAAGCACUGGACAAUAAGCUGUGCUCUGAGGCCUGCUUACCUGGUAUCCAGCCAUCAGUUGACAAUUCUCUGAAUCACAGACAGACACUGAAAUGCCACUUCCCUGCCAGCAGCAUCAAACUGGAAUAUGAAGAAGAUAUGCAAUGCAUGAUGGGACCUCUGUGUCCUCAAUGAUUUCACAAUGCUUGGAGAGAAAAAUCACGACACUGAACACUAAAACACUGAAGAUGCAAAGAGCAGUAAAGUGUGGGCAUUAAUCUUGUAAAAUAUUAGAGAUGGCAUGAUAUAAAUUUUCCCCCAAAAGCCAGACUUAAAUCCUAACCAGCAUUCUGAUGACCAACUCAUAUUCUUCCGGCAGGAGGCAGUCUCUUUUUUAACUAUGAAUUAAUGCUGGGUCAGCUACUACAGGUUGUAAUAGAUGCAUGUUGAACAUGUACUGAUAAAAUGUAAUGUAUGAAGAAGAUAGAGCCUUCUUUUCAAGCCUAUGCAUUAACCCAGUUCCUUGUCCCCAUCCAUACAGAGAAGAAAAUAGGCAUUUGCCAUUACCUUAUGUCUGCAAUUGAGGAAGGAGAGGUAUGUUUCUCUACACAUUUUGACCCCAGAAUUAAUUGCCAGGCCACAACUAAGGGAAUCAUGUGGGCAAUGGAGUGACUGCUCAAUAGAGUUCCUCAAGACCUGGGCUGUUGUAAAUUGCAGGAUGUUAACAUUGGAGGACAGAACAGUGUGCUCUAUGGAAGUGACAAGGUGUCUGGGUCAAAUGACAUUCCCUUUAAAAAUAAAAGGGCAUCUAGCAGCUCUGUCUUAGAGGAAGGAAGGAAGGAAGGAAGGAAGGAAGGUUUUAGCCAGCCAGCCAGCCCUCAUAGAUUUAACAAAAGGGAUUCUUUGUGUGUAGGGAUGCCAUAUCCCGGUGGCCGCCAGGAAAAUCCCGCUUUUGGGGGCCCCUCCCGGUCCCGGUCCGGUUUGGCCCCCAGCCAUGCAUUUGUCCCAGUCCGGGGCCUGCUCCUGCGGCCAUUGCCGCUGCCGCUAAUGCGGCUGGCCACGGCACCAACCCACCUCCUCCUUCCGUUCCUGGAGUGGUAGGCAGCACCAACCCACCUCCUCCGGCUCGACCUUCCUUCUCCUUCUUGGCGGCAGCAGCGCCGCCGCCGCGCCUCCUGCGCCAGGGCUUUCCCGUCCGCGGGCCCGGGGUCUCUAAAGCAGGAGCUCGUCCCCUGCUUUGUUGCCAGCCGGCCAUUGGCCAGCUGGCCAAAGGGGGCGGGCUCCUCAGCGCACGCCACCCGGGCCUCAGCAGGAGCCAGCGGCAGCGAUCGCAGCUGGCCCCCGCACACCUUCCUGGCCUUUAAGGAGGCCUGGGACUCCUUAAAGGCCAGGGAAGAGGGAGGAGGCCAGCCGGGAUCGCGGCAAUCGCGGCCAGCCCCCGCGCGCCUUCCUGGCCUUUAAGGAGGCCAGGUCCUCCUUAAAGGCCAGGGAAGAGGGAGGAGGCCGGCUGAGAUUGCGGCCGGCCCCCGCUCUCCCUCCUGGCUUCUAAGGAGGCCUUGGUCUCCUCAGAGGCCAGGAAGGAGGGACACUUUUUUUGUAGACACUUUUUUAUUAAAUGGA